CCCAUACAUGUGGUGAUCAGUCCACCACUUUAAUUUGAUUCCACAAUAUAAAAAAAUCUUUCACACCUUUGUACACAUACCACAAAAAAAUAAAAACAUAGACAAGUAUGGGUGUUGUAGAACAAGCUCACAAUGUGAAAAUACUAGGAUCAGGUGACCAAACAAUCGUAUUGGCACAUGGGUUUGGUACGGACCAAUCUGUAUGGAAACAUUUAGUACCUCAUCUAGUUGAAGAUUACAAGGUAAUUGUUUAUGAUAACAUGGGGGCAGGUACUACUAACCCUGAUUACUUCAACUUUGAAAGAUAUGCAACACUUGAAGGCUUUGCAUAUGAUGUUAUUGGCAUUUUGGAGGAGCUUCAAGUUUCUUCAUGUAUAUUUGUUGGUCAUUCCGUGUCGGCUAUGAUUGGCGCCGUUGCUUCUAUUACUAGGCCUGAUUUGUUUUCCAAAAUCUUGAUGAUUUCCGCUUCUCCAAGGUAUUUGAACGAUGUGGAUUACUUUGGAGGAUUCGAACAAGAAGAUCUAGACCAACUAUUUCAAGCGUUGGAGUCAAAUUUCAAGGCAUGGUGUUCUCAUUUCGCUCCAUUAGCCGUUGGUGGUGACAUGGAAUCAGUCGCGGUUCAAGAAUUCAGCCGGACACUUUUCAACAUGAGACCAGACAUAGCCUUAAGUGUUGCACAAACUAUUUUCCAAAGUGAUAUGCGACAUCUAUUGCGCCACGUUGUAGUUCCAUGUCACAUAAUCCAAAGCAUGAAAGAUCUAGCGGUUCCCGUGGUGGUCUCCGAAUACUUGCAUCAAAAUCUUGGUGGUCAGUCCAUCGUCGAGGUCAUGUCAACCGACGGUCACCUCCCACAGUUGAGCUCACCAGAUGUCGUGGUUCCAGUGCUCUUAAGGCAUAUCCGUUGUGAUAUCGCAGUGUAAUUAUAUAAUAAUUAACUAGGGUGUUUUUUUGGUUUAUCUUUGUUGGGUGAACUACAACUUGUUGAUAAAACAUCUUUAUCAAUUUGGAAUAAUAAUAUAUGUUGUAAUUGUGCUUGUACUGUA